GAGUCACUUGGGGCGACCGCCAGCCGCCGAUCCUGCACCCAUGUGUUCCCGGCAACUGCAGCGGGCAACCCUCGCGUACGGCGUACCAGAAUCUUCGACUUCAUGAUGGGUGGUAACAUCCCUGCAGCUGUUAGGAUCCAGUCUUCUCCCAGUGUGAGAAUUUGUCAAGGCUGAGAGACUCCGGAUUAUCUAUAAACCUCUAAAAUACACAUCUGCCUUUCUGUUACCCUCUUAAGAGGGGUCUUGGAGCAGAUACAAAGAUGGCCUCCAGCCUCACCUGUGCUGGUAUCAUCUGGGCUUUCCUGUCCUUCCUCUGUGCUGCUGCCUCCUGUGUAGGCUUCUUCAUGCCCUACUGGCUCUUGGGAUCUCAGCUGGAGAAGUCAGUUUCCUUUGGCACUUUUCGGAGAUGUUCCUACCCAGUGCGGGAUGAGAGCCGUCAGACGACCGUGAUGGUGGAACAGUGUGGCCGCUAUGCCUCAUUUCAGGCCAUCCCAAGUGCUGAGUGGAGGAUCUGCACGGUGGUGACGGGCCUGGGCUGUGGGCUGCUUCUUUUGGUGGCCCUGACUGCCCUCAUGGGCUGCUGUGUGUCUGAGCUCAUCUCCAGGACUGUGGGCAGGGUGGCAGGAGGCAUCCAGUUCUUGGGGGGUUUGUUGAUCGGCUCUGGUUGUGCCCUUUAUCCUCUUGGAUGGGACAGUGAAGAAGUCAGACAAACCUGUGGUAACCUUUCCAACCAAUUUGAAUUGGGGACCUGCCACAUCGGCUGGGCCUACUACUGCACAGGUGGGGGUGCGGCGGCAGCCAUGCUGGUGUGCACUUGGCUGGCCUGCUUCUCGGGCAAGAAGCAGAAGCAGUACCCCUACUGAGGCAGCCCCAGGCUACGGGUGCUGCCAGACGCCCGAGGGGCUUGCCGACCUCUUCUGGGUAACAACGAUAAACACGACGUUUUUAAGUGCUUUCUCUAUGGAGCAGGUGUGGGGAGGGACAGUGGGUGGCUGCUGGGAGGGCAGGAAGAUGAACAGUGGCUGGGCUGGACAGAGUCUGGCUUCCUUACCCAAGCCUGCUCAUGGUCUGCUCUGCAGAAAUACAAGCAAGGAAAACUCCACUUUGGUAGAGGGUGAAAUUCUGUGUGCACUGAGUUGACAGUGCCAAAGGGCUGGGAUAGUACCGAGCAGCCCCUCAGCACGGUGCUCCCGAAAGCACACAUGCACACACAAAUGUUGACCAUGGCACAAAAUGAGAGGAAACUUUUUUUGGUGCGAUUCUUCUUUACUUGUCUUCUUCUUCUUCUUCUUCUUCUUCUUCUUCUUCUUCUUCUUCUUCUUCUUCUUCUUCUUCUUCUUCUUCUUCUUCUUCUUCUUCUUCUUCUUCUUCUUCUUCUUCUUCUUCUUCUUCUUCUUCUUCUUCUUCUUCUUCUUCUUCUUCUU